GUGGUCACAUGUUCCGCUACGGUCGCAAAGUGCGGAAGAAAGCAAUGAACGCAAGCAGAACCUGCAGAACGAGAAGAAGGACGCUGGACUUCGAGACACCAGAGAAGAAAGGCGGAGAUGUUGGGAUCAUUCAGAGAACUGAGUUGAGAACCCCCGAUGUAAAGUCUGAACAAGGUUUUGGAGUAUAUUGGUAAAGCAGAACAGGAAGUCGUCCCUGGUCCAGAUGAAGUGUUUGUUGAUAGCCAGCGAGAGCGCAGAGGUUCUCUUCCAUUGGAGUGACCUCGAAUAUCGCCAGAAUAUCCAGGAGAAGUAUGGGGUAUCUCAGGAGGAAGGCGAGGGGCUUCCGGCCUUUGAGGACAUCUUGAGCACUUUGUUUGCUCCCAUCAUUAUCUCCUGUAGCACCUUGGAGGACAGCUACACCUCUUUUACCACUGAGAACAACCAAAUCUACGUUCUACACCAGUUUGACGAGUGUCUCUACAUCGCUGUGAACGGGGAUGGCAAAGAAAAGGAGGAUGACCUGAGGAGAAAAAUUUACGUGCUGAAAAAGAUGAUCGAGGUCAUGUUCGGCAUGGUAACACUCAGUGGGAACCUCCUGAGGAAAGAACUGCGGCCUCAGGAAACGGAGCAGAGAGCGAGACUCUGGAAGUAUCUACAGAGCCUGCUGGAGACCUACAGCCUCCUCCGGGAGAACGACCAGAGUUUCUUAGUUGAGGCAGUGGAAAGGUUAAUUCACCCCCAACUCUGUGAGCUGUGCAUAGAGUUCCUGGAGCGCCGUUUAGUCCAGCAGCUCAACAGCAGUGUGGAGCGAGCAGGAGAGGAGGUUCUCCACGCCUUCGUCCUGGUUCACACCAAGCUGCUCGCUUUCUACUCCAGCCGCAACGCGAGUGUGCUCACCACCUCGGACCUGCUGGCCCUCAUCGUCAUGGCACAGAAUAUGUAUCCCAGUAAUCUGGACCUGGAUGACACAAGUCCUGAGGAUGUUGAAAGCACAUCUGGUUCUGGUCCUGAAAGUUUUUACACCCCAGAACCUUCCCCGUCCAGUAGAGGUUCCAGUGGUUCAGAGAAAGCUGGCCAAGGUGAAUUUCCUGUGUUUGAGUUUGUGGACCCAGAAGUCCAGAUGGCAGAGGACAGCUUGCACACUCUGGAAAUUAGCCCACCGGACCCUUCGAGCCCUCGAAGAGUUUUCCUUGAGGUUUCACAGAAAGAUGGGCUGUAUCCCAUGAUGCCCCACUCCAUGUACUGCCUCUCACUGUGGCCCGGUAUCACGCUAGUGCUGCUCACUAAGAUUCCCACCAGUGCAGUGGCCAUGUCGGUGUACAAGUACUUGGAGGACUUUGACAAGCUGGAGAAACGUUUACACGAAGGCCUUGGAGGUCCCACUUCAGCCAGAAGUCCUCUGAAUAUCUACGACAUCCGCACCAAAAUGGACAAAUUCAUCAAAGCUUUGGGGCCCAGUGAGUUACAGUCUGCGUAUUUACAAAAUGUCUGGACAGAGUUUAAGAACCGAGCCUUUUCCAAAGGAGGGUCUGGGUUCAACAAAGAGCUCAUCCCAUGCUGUAAGAACAUGAAAACGCAGCUGUGUGGCAUUUACAGACGGUAUUUUCUGACUGGGUCAGAGUCGGCUGAUGCUGCUCAGCAUCUCUCUGCCGGUCUACAGGAACGAGCCCAGGCUAUGGUUCAAGAGAAACUGAUGGACUGGAAGGACUUCCUGUUGGUUAAAAGCAAGAGGAACAUAACCAUGGUGUCUUAUCUGGAGGAUUUCCCGGGCCUUGUCCAUUUUAUCUGCGUGGACCGAUCAACUGGCCAGAUGAUCGCUCCGUCACUCAGCAUCACAGAGCGCACUACAUCGGAGCUGGGGAAGGGACCCGUGGCCAAUUAUAUUAAAAACAAGGUAUGGGCCCUGGUCAGGACAACCCGCCGCUAUCUUCAGAAGGGUUAUUCCACCGUCACACUGCGUGACGGAGAUUUCUACUUUUGCUAUUUCCUCUGGUUUGAAAAUGAAAGUGGGUACAAGUUACAGCCAUUGGACAUACCAGUGCAACCUGAUGACUCUCCACCCGUCGGGAUGCUUGCCUAUGACUACUACAAGAGGCUGCUGCGGUACUACAGUAAGAACCACAAGGGUGAGACUGUGAAGUGCUACGAGCUGCUGACUGUUCACCUGGGGGUCAUCCCCACAGAGAUCAUCCUCCAGCAAUGCAGGCAACUCGCAAGCAAAUUGUGGGAGCCCUCACGCAAUCUGCUGCUGUAGAAAGAGCAUCACUCAAACUGGCAGACAAAGAUGUUUAUCUGUUGUUUCAUCAGGAACCAAUUUAUCUCUAAGAUUUGCAUUCUUGAAGAUUUGUUUCCUAUUUAUUAGUCUUGCACAUGUAUAUAAACGUCAUUUUCGUUCACCCAAAGUUUGCAGCACAUUUGUGUUUUAUAAGUGAAUAUACUGUAUAUUUCUACCUUUUAAUGUGACUUAUAUAAAUGAACAAUGCACCAAUUAAAUGGUGCAUGUCUUUGAUAAAGAAUUUAAACAUUUGAGAAAUUAAAACUUUCACGUCCUUUUCCUUCA